CACCUUUUCUCUUUUAUUAAAUAAUAUCAAUUUUAGAUCGACCUGAGCAGAACACCACAGUGCUCACACCCAGAAAUUCUCUAAGAAAAUGUCAUCAUGGUCCAGUGGCUUGUGCGAUUGCUUCUCUGACUGCAGCGCAUGUUGCCUCUCGUGCUGGUGCCCGUGUGUUAGCUUCGGAAGGAUAGCUGAGAUCGUGGACAGAGGAAACACUUCUUGCUGUCUACAGGGAACACUUUUCUACCUAUUGGGUGGGUUUACUCAUUUUGCGGGUUUCUACGGUUGCAUUUAUCGUACAAAACUGAGGAGGCUAUAUGGGAUUAAGGGACACCAGGGCACGGAUUGUUUGGUGAGUUGCCUCUGCUCUCCCUUAUCCAUUUGCCAAGAGUAUCGUGAGCUCAAAGCCCGUGGAUUCGACAUGUCUGCUGGUUGGGAAGGGAAUGUGCAAAUGCGUACGCGCGGCGUGACGGCAGCUCCAGCAGUGGAAGGUGGCAUGAGCCGUUAGACAGUCGUAGGUUGAU